AUGCACUUCUCAAAGACGUACUCACAACUCCUCCUCACUCUACCACCAGAGCUACGUGAAAACGCAAUACAGUACCGCCAACUCAAGAAACUCAUCAACCAACUCGUCCAGGAGCUCUCUUCUCUUGGUCUCAGUCCCACCGUCCUCCAACAAUUGUUAGAACAACAGAACCAUGGAAGUUUGACCGCCAAGAUCGAGCAAAUACGACAGCAGUGUGACCUGGUUCCUGACGGCGAUGGCGACCAACAACGACACGCCACAGUCGUCUACGAGUUUACGGGGACGUCCUCUCAUAUUGAACCUCGUCUCCGGCUGUCAGUCAAGCACUCGAUAGACGCUACGGAGCUUGCAUCUGGUCACACGACCACACCGGACAGCAUCCUAGAGGCUCUUCAUCUUCAUUCAAGAGCUCUAGAAAGUAAUACGGCCUUUGUGAACAUCUCCUAUUCAUCCGCGAAGUACGUUCGAAGUGUUCUGCCGUGUGCUCCUGUUGAUAGCUUAGAACCCAGCACCCACGAUCUUAUCAUCCCAUUACGGUCUGAUACCGCGUUCUUUCACCUAUUGAACACCGCCCUUGCAUCGCUUGCUGCCCAUCUCAACACCGUCCAUGGCAGUUUUACAUCUACGCUACAAUGUCUGGCCCAUACUAUCAGCACGACAGCGCGCCCCACUUCCUCUUCAGCGCCUCGUUCCUUUUCGGCUUAUUCAAUGGCCGUCAGUAAUGCCGCCACUUUACGACCCAGCUCUGGCAUUCGAAAGACGGAUCUGUAUUCAUGGAGGGAGAUAUUUCAGACAUAUCUUGACGGUGAAAUUUUUGAGAGUGUCGGGGAGAGAACUCGUGGGGAACGCAGUGUCGAGGAAACAGAAACCCGGAUGAAGCAAUUUGAAGAACGCAUACGAGAGAAGAGAAGUAAGCUCAAGCUGGCUGGAAGCAAGGAUGCGCUGGAUGUUUUCAUGCGGAUGAACUUUUUUAUCUUGGAUUUGAAGCGGUUCCAAUUCGCGAAUGCCGAGGCGACCCGCAAGAUCCUUAAGAAGCAUACGAAGCGGACCGCAUUGCCUCUUCCUUCCUAUCUCCUUUCACUGUGGAAUGGACCAUUUCCAGCCUCUCCGCCUCCAGCAGAGCUGGCUCUGUUACCUCAGCCUCCUGCAUCUUUACCUCGGCUCCUCGUGCAAGCUAUUGGCGAAAUUUUGCUUCCGAUUGUGCCUCAUGUCGACGAUUAUUCUUGCCUUAUCUGUACCAGUCUCGCGUUCAAGCCUAUCAGACUUCAUUGUGGUCAUUUAUUCUGUGUAAGAUGUCUAGUAAAGCUUCAAAAGCUUGGUAAAGCGAAUUGCCCUAUUUGCAGGGCCCCUACGGUGCUAAAGGCCGACCGCACUAAUGUUGACUAUGCCCUCUUGAACUUUAUGGCGGACUGGUUCCCCUUCGAGUCGCGUGCGAAGCUCAGGGCUAAUGAACGCGAGGCAGCAAAAGAGGAACUUGAGGAGCUUGGUCUUACUGGCCAAGGAUGUCGGGUGAUGUAA